AUGAAUCUGAAUAUAUCAACUGUUAGUUUAACAGAACUCUUAGCCAUUGGUGUAACAGAUAGAGAUGGUAUUCCACUUCUAACAGCUAAUUACAUGUUAAAAAACAAAAUGAUCUAUGAUUUGAUACGGCAGACCACGUUGAGCAUCAUUGCACUUAUUAUUUUCACAGUGUGUAAAGACACUUUUCCUGAAGCUUCUUUGAAGCAGAGGUAUUUUGCAACAGCUUACCUUGUCUUCGAACAGUCUGACAGAUUUGGAUUUGGUGGCACCAAUUACACAGUCUCAUACUACAAGGACCACCAGAUAAUCAGCUUCAAUAAAGACAAGCUGAUUGUAACCAUAAUUGCCACAGCUGAGGCAAACACGGGUCGUAUAUUAGGCAUGGAAAAAGAUUUCAGUCCAAUUGUUGAGUCAAUGGCAGAUAAAAUUUUCAGGGGGAACUGA